GGAUAGAUUAAUUCACUAUAGUGGGAUCGGGAGCGGUCGGCCCGGCUUACCUUUCCAACUCUGAUCCAGAGAUAGAUGUAGAACGUGCAAGGCGCGUUUACCACCAUUCCAUGAUAGCCAGACUCAUUUACAUCCUGACUUUUCUCUCUUUGGCUUCACCAAUUUUGGCAUCUGCUGGGGAUAGAGCAUCUGACUUUCAAUCCUGCCUGUUUCGCUGCAAAGUCGCCCAAUGCGAUAUAGCUUCACCUGCCGUCCUUUCGAUCGCACUUCGGAUAACUCAAUGGACGUGUUUGGACAACUGCAAAUACGUUUGCAUGCAUGAAAUAACAAGGUCGGCUGUAGAAAAAGGCGAACCUGUUGUUCAGUAUUACGGAAAAUGGCCUUUCUGGCGGUUUGCUGGAAUGCAAGAACCCGCCUCUGUGUUGUUCUCCCUUCUGAACUUAUGGGCUCAUACACGCGGAUUUUCAAAAGUUCAGAGGGAGAUCCAUGACUCUCAUCCUCUGAAAAGGUAUUUCUUGAUCUGGUCUGCUACCAGUAUCAAUACGUGGGUUUGGUCGGCAAUCUUUCAUACUAGAGAUACUCCAGUCACGGAAAAGUUGGAUUAUUACUCGGCAGCUCUUACCAUCUUGAUUGCACUCUAUUUCACUACGAUCCGAAUAUUCCACCUGUACUCCCCUUCACCUCGCCUCACACUUAGAAAUGGAAGCCGUUCUGCCAGCCCGAAAUUAAAACUCUGGACGGCCUUUUGUAUCGUGUUAUAUGUCGCGCAUGUCUCCUACCUCACGUUCCUUCCUCGGUUCGAUUACACCUACAAUGUCAUCUUCAAUCUCAUCAUCGGCCUCACCCACAACGCCCUAUGGCUCAUAUACUCACUGCCUUCAUCCCUAUCUCUGAUUCGAAGAUUCCCCAACCGUCCGAAAUCAUACAGACCCCCAUUUCUGGGUUCCGCCCUUUACCUCGUCGUCCUUACGACUGCAGCGACGGCUUUGGAGUUAUUCGAUUUCCCGCCAGUUGCUAGGACGAUUGAUGCACAUUCGUUAUGGCACCUGUGUACAGUGCCGAUUGCGAUAUAUUGGUAUCACUUCUUGGUAAAGGAUGCUAAACACGAGUCGUGGAGGGAACUUCAACAACAACGGACUUGAUAACCCAGUACUUUGUAUAUCUGUGUGUACAUUGUAAUUGUUGGAAAUCAUUAGUAGAUACGAGA